CGCAGCCUCAGUUAAACAGGAGCCGCUCGAGACUCCAGACGCCACGCGCUGUUUUAGGGAUGCGUGCUGCGUCCGCAGUUUCCAUUAGGAAGUCAUCGCAAAGAUGCGGUAUAGAGACCCAUAACACGAGACUGGACAUAUCCAAGCUGUUUUAUCAGACUUUAAAACGGAAUUGCGACUUGUUUACGCUCGUUUGUGGAUGUGCCACGCGGCGAAUUCGCAGCACAUUUGUGACUCUGUGAAAUGAACUGAAAGCGCAUUCAACCAGAUUUCUUGUUUUGAGUUUUACACGCAAGUUUUUCUUCGUCUGACGGGAUUUAUCACUGAAUAUUAACGCGUUUGUGUAAAACAGCUCUUUGCCGUUUUCGCUUGAUGGGUCGAAAAGUGUCAGGUGACGCGCUGAGGGUCUCGCGCAUUUAACUUUAAUCUUUCUGAACGGAGACCUGUCGCGCGAGCAGGUUAAAAAAAGACUCGUGGAAAGCGUCCUAGCCUGUUGUUUCUCACAAUAAGGGAUUGUUUAUUAAAGCAGUGCUGCGUUGAGCCGGACGGGAUGGAUUUGCCAUUUUAAGCGCAUCGGUCAGAUCUUCGGAAAGAUGCAGCAUCUGCGCGUGGCGUGGGCGCUCGCGGGAGCGGCGGUGUGCUUUUUCCUCAUAGUCUUCAUUCAAGCGCAUUUUUUCAGAGAAGGUCAACUGGUGGCAGGAACGUGUGAAAUCGUGACCCUGGACAGGGACAGCACUCAGCCAAGGAGGACCAUCGCCCGGCAGACAGCCAGGUGUGCCUGCAGGAAGGGCCAGAUUGCAGGCACUACCCGGGCCAGUCCAGCAUGUGUGGAUGUUCAAAUCGUGAGGAACAGGCAGUGGUGUGAAAUGAUGCCAUGUUUGGAUGAUGAAGGCUGUGACCUCUUGGUAAACAGGACAGGCUGGACGUGUGCACAGCCAAGCGGCCGAGUGAAAACCACCACAGUAUCCUGACGCCAGUGGGGAGCGGUAUUCCCGAGAGAGGCGACACGUAUGGAAGCAACUCUUCAUACUCCAAAGCUACAGCUGGGCGGGGAAGGGGAGCAUUCAUCAUAGUCCAGUUAGCUCUGUCUGUCAGUAUCUCCAUUAGUCCUGCAGUUUCAUAAGAUAAAGGGUGAGCACCUCACGUUAUGGAGUUUACAUGGACCAUGAGGAACGGAUCUCCCCUGUGCUGUCAAUCAAGCUGGAGCCGCCGCUCCGCGGGAACUCGCCGACGCUUUCGUUCACAGAUGCCGAAACUGGCGAACGAUCAAGUGUGAUGACUGACGUGACCGACGAAAAACAAUUUGUGAACCUGGCUGCGUGUAAGGAUCUGGUGAAAUUUUACAGACCAAAGAAACAAUUUUCUGCGGAGACGGAUUUCCAACAUGAAUACAAACACACAGGCUACAUCUGCUUGGAUGAACGCAAGUGAAAACAGACACACACGCGCGCGCGCGCAUACACGAGCUUGGUGAGGAGUUUUUCCAACCGAGCGCACACAAAUGGACAACAAAAACAUUAACGCUGAAAGCGAGUCCUCUGUUGGCUUUUCUCCUAUUGUAAAUCUGCCAUUGUUGUGUAAUGAACUGAAAUCAGCCAGAAAUUUGGAAACACGGUGAGCACGGCGGGUGAUUUAUCAAACAUCAUCUGCCUGCACUGAAGAUACUAGCAGAGAUGUCUGCUUUGGGAGAAACCAUCCUAUGUAUUUUCAAAAUCAUAAAGUUAUAUAUAUUUAACAGUUUUAUAUGAUGUAUCUUUGUAGCAAACCUUAUUUAACACUGACAAUGUGAUCCAAUUCAUAAAGGGUGGAUUCAUGAAAAACAA